CCAUGGCGCUGGGGCUGCAGCGCGCAAGGUCGAGCACGGAGCUGCGCAAGGAAAAGUCCCGGGAUGCAGCCCGCAGUCGGCGCAGCCAGGAGACCGAGGUGCUGUACCAGCUGGCGCACACGCUGCCCUUCGCGCGCGGCGUCAGCGCCCACCUGGACAAGGCCUCUAUCAUGCGCCUCACCAUCAGCUACCUGCGCAUGCACCGCCUCUGCACUGCUGGAGAGUGGAACCAGGUGGGAGAGCCACUGGAUGCCUGCUACCUGAAGGCCUUGGAGGGCUUCGUCAUGGUGCUCACCAUGGAGGGAGACAUGGCUUACCUGUCAGAGAAUGUCAGCAAACACCUGGGCCUCAGUCAGCUGGAACUUAUUGGACACAGUAUCUUUGAUUUCAUCCAUCCCUGUGACCAAGAGGAGCUUCAGGACGCCCUGACCCCCCAGCAGAGCCUGUCCAAGAAGAAGCCAGAGGCUCCCACCGAGCGGUGCUUCUCCUUGCGCAUGAAGAGCACCCUCACCGGCCGCGGGCGCACCCUCAACCUCAAGGCGGCCACCUGGAAGGUGCUGCACUGCUCUGGGCAUAUGAGAGUCUACAGGCCCCCCAUGAAGACCUCCCCAACUGGGAGCCCCAACUCAGAGCCUCCCUUGCAAUGCCUGGUGCUCAUCUGUGAAGCCAUCCCCCACCCAGGCAGCCUGGAGCCCCCACUGGGCCAGGGGGCCUUUCUCAGCCGCCACAGCCUGGACAUGAAAUUCACCUACUGUGACGAGAGGAUCGCAGAGGUCGCUGGCUAUAGUCCCGAUGACCUGAUUGGCUGUUCCGCCUACGAGUACAUCCAUGCGCUGGACUCAGAUGCAGUCAGCAAGAGCAUCCACACCUUGCUGAGCAAGGGCCAGGCAGUAACAGGGCAGUAUCGCUUCCUGGCCCGGAGUGGUGGCUACCUGUGGACUCAGACCCAGGCCACAGUGGUAUCUGGGGGCCGGGGCCCCCAGUCGGAGAGUAUCAUCUGUGUCCACUUCCUGAUCAGCCGGGUAGAAGAGACCGGAAUGGUGCUGUCCCUGGAGCAGACGGAGCGGCACUCUCGCAGACCCAUUCAGUGGGGCGCCUCCUCUCAGAAGGAUGCCCCUAACUCUGGGGACAGCCUUGAUGCCUCUGGUCCUCGAAUCCUUGCCUUCCUGCACCCCCCUGCCCUGAGUGAGGCCAUCCUGGCUGCUGACCCCCGCCGUUUUUGUAGCCCUGAACUUCGAUGCCUCUUGGCACCCAUCCUGGAUGGGGCUGCGGUAGCUGCCACCCCCAGCACACCACCAGCCACGCGGCGUCCCCAAAGUCCUCUUCCGGCUGACCUCCCAGAUAAACUACUUGUGGGCAUGGAGAAUGCACACAGACUCUCCACCUCCAGGAAAGACUUUCAGGCAGUGGAGACAGAUCUGGAUAUGGCUCAGGACGUCGAUGCUCUGGAUUUGGAGAUGCUGGCCCCCUACAUCUCCAUGGAUGAUGACUUCCAGCUCAACUCCAGCGAGCAGCUACCCAGGGCCUACCACAGACCUCCAGGGGCUAUCCCCCGGCCCCGCGCUCGGAGCUUCCAUGGCCUGUCACCCCCAACCCCUGAGCCUUCCAUACUGCCCCGCUGGGGGAGUGACCCCCGGCUGAGCUGCUCCAGCCCUUCCAGAGGGGACCCCUCAGCAUCCUCCCCCAUGGCUGGGGCUCGGAAGAGGCCCCUGACCCAGAGCUCAGAGGACGAGGCCGAAGGAGUAGAGCUAUUGGGAGUGAGACCCCCCAAACGGUGCCCCAGCUCAGAACCCGAAAACUUUCUGCUGUUUCCCCUCAGCCUGAGUUUUCUUCUGACAGGAGGCCCAGCCCCAGGGAGCCAACAGCAUCCCAGCACCCACCUCCUGGACCUGAACGAGCCCCUGGGCCUAGGCCCCUCGCUGCUCUCUCUCUGUCCGGAUGAGGACACUGCCCAGCCCGGGAGCCACUUCCAGCCAGGCGCAGGCUUGGCCCAGACCCACUGAGCCAGCCCCUCUUACCUUGUCCUUUCUCCUCCCCCAGCAAGGACCUCAACCACACUCCAAGUUAGCAGCCAACGCACAGGAUGGGGGUGCCAGGAGAGAGGCCACCUCUCUUCUCAGAGUGUCCCCCGCCCACCUCGGGCCUACCUCAGCCCUCACCCCUCUGCCUGCUCCCAGUCUGGGGGCUCUUUGGGGUAUUAGCUCAGUGACCUCUGGGAGGGGGUCCUGGCCCCCUCCUCUACUCAGGACUUCCCUUGGGGUUCUUAGUACUUGGUUACCUCAUUA